AUGUGGAUCAUGAAACCUGCCGGCAGCAGUCGCGGCAGAGGAAUUCAGGUUAUCAACGACGUGGGUGCUGUCCACUACGGUGAGCUUACAAUUAUCCAGCAAUACAUCAGUGAUCCGUUCCUCUUGGGCGAUUUCAAGUGGGACAUGCGCACAUAUGUGACUGUGACGUCUUUCAACCCCUUGGAGGCGUUUGUUUACAAAGAUGGCUUCGCUCGAUUCACAACGGUGCCGUACAACACCAGUUCCGAUGACAUUGACAACAAGUUCGUGCAUUUGACGAAUUCGUCUAUACAAAGGCACAACGAAGAUCAGUUCAUGCAGAGUGAUGACAACAGCAGAGACAUGACUCGACGAGAAGAGGCAAUACUUGGAGGAACGAAGAUUUCGUUUCCAAUGCUUCGAGAGCGGCUCGAAGCAAUGGGAGUCGAUUGGGCUACGGUGUGGGCGAAGAUGGUCGAGGUAAUUCUGAAGUCCUUGUGCAUGGCGGAGGAUUUCAUUCCGAACCAGGUGAACUCGUUCGAGCUUUUCGGCUAUGACCUGCUGAUGGACUCGAAAAUGAAGGUGUGGCUCAUCGAGGUGAACUCUUCACCUUCCAUGGGCCAGGAGCAUUUGUUAGAUGAGCACGUCAAGCAGCCUCUCAUUAGCGAUACCAUUGACUUGGUUGAGCCGCUUGAAUUUGACAGGCGCAGGCUGGCAGAGGUUCUGCACCGCCGGGUUGAGCGCAAAGCCGCGACAGGAGCAACGGGUGGCCGGCAGCAGUUGGACAUUGACCUUCACGCGGUGCUGAAAGGGCAACUUCCGAGGAAGUAUGGCGACAUGCCGCAAUACAUGGGCAAUUACGAGCGAAUUGCACCAAGCGAAGCUUGGGACAGCAUGGUUCGAACGAGGAGCCUUUUAUUCAACAGGGUUGGGUCCUCGAACUGA